AAAACCUUUUUAUAAACAACCAAAAUUUUUUUUUUUGAUUCAUUAAAAAUGACGGAAGUAAUCAAUGCAUCCUCAAAUAUCUCAAGUUUAUUAUUAAUGAAACACAACGAUUUAUUAUUAAAAUCACAACAAUCACAUUCUAAAGCGAUUGAAGAAAUUGCAAACAAAAUGGAUAUAGAAUUCGUUAAUUUCAACGAAUUUAGUGAUAUUCACGAAUUUAGAAGUGAUUUAUAUGGUGAUAAUGUAAGAAAGGCUACCUGGAAAAAAAAUUCAAGACCUGUUAUUUUAAGAUCUGUUCCUGGUUAUAGUAUUGAAGACCAUCAUAAGAAAUUAACUGAAGAGAUUCGUCGCUCUAAAUCGAACAUGAAUUGUGAGAAUAUAAUACAAUUACUUGGAGUAACCGAAGAUUCAUCAGAAAAAAAUGCCGUUCUUGUAAUACAACAUCCUAAAGAUGGUACUUUAAAAGAAUAUUUGUCACAACAUAAAGAUUUGGAUUGGCCAAAGAAAUUUAAUUUAGCUAAAGAUAUUGCAUAUGGAAUAAGACAUUUACAUAAAGCAGGAAUUGCUCAUGGAGAUUUGCAUGAAUUAAAUGUUUUUAUUGAAGAUGGUAAAGCACUUAUAAGGGAUCCAAGAUUAUUUGGUUUUGAUGAUGACGAAACAUCUUCUUCUUCAACUUUAAAUAGUGAUGUGCUUUCAACGAUACCAUUUGUUGACCCACAAGUUAUGGGAGAUAUGAAACAUAAACCUGAUAAACGUUCAGAUAUUUACAGUUUUGGUGUACUAAUGUGGGAAUUAUCAAGUUGUAAAUCACCAUUUCAUGAUACUCCGUUUGGUAAUGGAAAUCAAGUUUUACUUACAAUGGCUAUAAUGGUUAGAAAAACUCGUGAACAACCUGUACCAAAUACUCCUGAAGAAUAUGUUCAAUUAUAUCAACAAUGUUGGGAUCAUGAACCAGACAUGAGACCAAGUAUUGAACAAGUUUGUGAACAAAUAGAAGGUUUCUUAUAUGAUGAACCCGUUAUCACUGGGAAAUCUUUAAGUAAUAGUAUUGUUAUUGCUGACAUAAGAGCUUCAUCUGAAGAAUCAAGGAAAUCUCAUGAUAACCUUCACCCACCUUCAUUAUCAUCAUCACAAUUACAAUCAUCACACAGUCAAAAUGACAAUGAGAAACCAUUAUCAUUAGUACCUCCGGAACCUAAAUAUCAAGAUGCCAAUUUAAGUGAACCAAUAUCACCAAAAACAUUAGCAAAAAUCAAUAAAGAAAUCGAAAAAUCAAAAGGAAUUAAAAAAUUUAAAUCAAAAAUAUCAAAAAUAUUUAAGAAAAUGUCAUGUUUUUCUUAAUUUAUUUAAUCAUAUAAUAACAACUAUUAA